AAAGAAGCACCUAUUGUCGGUAUUAGCACUGAAUGGCGAAAACCCGAUCCCUGGUCAAUGAUUACUCCGGACUGUAAUGGGGACUGCGGUGAAUGUUUCCAAACGAGCGCUAAAUGGCCACCAGAUCUCUUGCGGGGUCCGUCUCCGCGUUUCCCCUUAUCGAAGGAGCUCUGGCCGGAGAAUGGUUGCUACAUCCCGGUUUGAUCAUUAGGAGCUCGCCGACAUCCGUGCAUCGGGCAUGAAAUCGUUCCGUGACAUAGUGGUCGACGAAUCCAAUUUACUGCUCUGGACGGGUCUGAUAGUGCCGGACAACGUCCCUUACAACAAAGGGGCUUUCAGAAUAGAAAUAACGUUCCCGGCUGAGUAUCCUUUCAAACCACCAAAGAUUUCGUUCAAAACCAAAAUCUAUCAUCCGAACAUCGACGAGAAAGGACAAGUUUGUCUGCCAAUUAUCAGUGCUGAAAAUUGGAAACCGGCAACGAAAACGGAUCAAGUUAUUCAAGCACUAAUAGAGCUCGUCAAUGACCCGGAACCGGAACAUCCCUUACGUGCCGAUUUGGCCGAAGAGUUUCUAAAAGAUCGCAAGAAAUUUACAAAGAAUGCGGAGGAACACACUAGAAGGCACAGUGAAAAACGACCCGAAUAAAGCCAUCAAGAUAACAUGAUAAUGCCAAGGUGACCAUGAAGCAAGCUCUGAUCGGGUCGCUCUUCGCUGUUCGCGGUUCUAUACGCUGUAAAUGAUGAUGAUUAUGAUGAAAAAGUUGAAGGCGUGUUGCUAUAGAUCAAAUGGAGAAGACAAAGAAUUCAUGGAACAACAAGCUUGAAACGAGGACGUCACGGAAGUAUCUAGAUUAACGGCAAGAGCGCAUCCGGAUCCUGUUGAAUGAUUUCAUACGUGUUCUUGUUUCCCUAAUUUUUUUUUUAUCUUGUGAGGAGCGUUCACUGAUUCCUGUCUUCUUCUCUUGCUCCCUCUCCCUUUCUCUCUUUGUCUUUGUUGAGUUCUGCGUGCUCCCCUUAACCUUCUAGAAUACUUAUCACGUGCAUACGCUAAUCUAGUAUUGUUUGCAUAUCUAUGUUCGCUUACCACUCUACCCUAAUUGCUGAACGGCAUAGACUUUCGGGUCUGCGAUUAUCCUAGGAUUACUAUUUACCACGGAAACCGGACCCGGAAAAUGUACUGCUUACAAGAGGAGUGAGUUGGCCAAAGAGCAGUCAACGGCGGAAUGAAUUGGAUGAAAGAAGACAAAAAAAUGUCAAAGAUAAUAAAAACCACAUAGACGAGUAUUUAUUUAAA